GAUAAGAAAAAGAUGGUGACUACCAAAACUAAAAAAAUUAAAAAAUUAAAAAUUAAGUGGUCAUUCAUUCUUCUUUCCUCCUUCACCAACUACUCUUUCUUUCUUCUUUCUUCUUCUUUUUUCCAAUUUUAGGGUUUUAUCCCCCUAAUUACUCAUCACUUCAAUUCACCUUCUUCUUUCAAUUCUUCACUUGUUCGUUCAUUAAUACUUGAUGAUUCUGUAUUGUGCUUAAGCUAGUAAAGGUCAGCAAUGAAGGAAAGCAACAAACUUUUAUGCACAGAAGACGAUUUCUCCCAAAUGUAGUACAGUGUUCUUGAGCUGUGGUUAGUCGGUUACUUUUUGGCGCGGCCAAUUUGAGUAUCGCUUCAUGAAUAACUGAGGUUUAUAUUAGAAGGUUUAUCUUUACACGUUUUCAAAUGGAUGACAACGGGCAUCGGGAAAAUGGGAGGCAAAAGCAGCCUCAUGGUCAGUGGUUAAUGCAGCAUCAGCCGACGAUGAAGCAGAUAAUGACAAUCAUAUCUGAACGGGAUGCCGCCAUUCAAGAAAGAAACCUAGCCAUGUCAGAGAAAAAGACGGCCUUGGCUGAGCGGGACAUGGCGCUACUGCAGCGCGACUCGGCAAUAGCGGAACGGAAUAGUGCGAUCAUGGAACGUGAUAACGCCAUCGCCACAUUGCAGUACAGAGAAAACUCCAUGAGCAAUAGUAACAAUAAUACACCGUCGUCGUGUCCGCCAGGAUGUCAGAUAUCGCGUAAUGUAAAACACGUGCACCACCCGCAGCAAUACCAACAAGACGAUACCAACUUGGGAAGUGGUUUGCUACCAGCGUCUCCGCCUCCGGAGCCCGCGAAAUCUCGGCGUGCAAAACGCACAAAGGAGAUUAAACCCGGUACACCAACCGCUAACAAGACGUCAAGAUCGUCUAGAAAAGUGAAACUAGAAUGUGAUGAUUUGAACAAGGCCAUGUAUGAAGACGCACAUGAUUGGGACGGUGGCGGCGGCGGUGAGCUUAACCACGGGCCGAAACCCGAGUGGAAGGAUCAGGAUCUUGGGCUAAACCAGGUUGCGUAUGACGACACGACCAUGCCCAUACCGGUGUGUUCGUGUACAGGUGUUUUUAGGCCAUGUUAUAAGUGGGGAAACGGCGGGUGGCAGUCGUCUUGUUGCACGACAACCAUGUCGAUGUACCCACUUCCGUCGCUUCCUAAUAAACGACAUGCGCGUGUUGGUGGUAGGAAGAUGAGUGGAAGCGUGUUUAACAAGUUAAUUAAUCGACUUGCGGCUGAAGGUCAUGAUUUGUCGAAUCCGGUUGAUCUUAAGGAGCAUUGGGCGAAGCACGGGACGAAUCGGUACAUCACUAUUAAGUAAAUGUUUAGAAUUUAGGUUGCUUAAGUAAGUGUGGUUGAACAUAAAUGCUGACAUGUUGAAUCAUGUUCAGCAUUCAGAUUUGAAGAUCAUGAAGAAUUAGUAUUGUAUUUAGAUGAUCAAAUGGCGGAUUUCAACAUUUAUGUCUCUAUCUGUAAUGAUGAACACCAUUGAAUCUAUGUAUUGGUCGUGUUAUAAAUGAAAUAAAAUUUUGAAACCCGGUUCAUAACAA